ACCAAUUAGAGAUGCCCAAGGCAUUUCGGAGUUUUGGUUAAUUCAAACCUCCAUUUACCCGCCAACUGAUCUCUCUCUCUCAUCCCUCAAACUAUCAAUGAAUUCCCCUGUAAUUUUCGCUCUCUUCGUUUUCAUCUCCGCCCUGUUUCUUCAGCCAAGAGCUCUGCAAUACCCUCAAGAACUCAUCAAUGGCUACCAAUCAGACCUCAUUGGCGAUCUCACAAGCCCAACAAUGUCUCCUUCUCAAUCACGACAUCCCCUAACAUACCCAACAGCGACUUCUUCUCUUCCAGUUCCAGCCCUAUUCGUCAUCGGAGACUCUUCCGUUGACUGCGGCACCAACAAUUUCCUUGGAACUUUGGCCCGUGCCGAUCGUCUUCCCUACGGACGAGACUUCGAUACCCACCAGCCCACUGGACGUUUCUGCAAUGGAAGAAUCCCCGUUGAUUAUCUUGCUAAGCGUCUUGGGCUUCCAUUUGUGCCGAGUUAUCUCGGGCAGACCGGUAGUGUCGAAGAUAUGAUUCAUGGAGUGAAUUAUGCAUCUGCUGGUGCUGGAAUCAUUUUCUCAAGUGGGUCAGAAUUGGGUCAACACAUCUCAUUUACGCAACAAAUUCAGCAGGUUACGGAUACCAUUCAGCAGUUUACACUGAACAUGGGCGAGGACGCGGCAACUAAACUCAUCUCAAACUCAGUAUUUUACAUUUCAAUCGGAACCAAUGACUACAUACAUUAUUAUCUCCGUAAUGUAUCCAACGUGCAAUCUCUGUAUCUACCAUGGAGUUUCAACCAGUUUCUAGCAACCACAGUGAAGCAGGAGAUCAAGAACUUGUACACUGCAAAUGUGAGGAAAGUAGUGGUAAUGGGACUGCCUCCAAUUGGCUGUGCUCCAUACUACUUAUGGAGUUAUCAAAGUGAGAAUGGAGAGUGUGUCCAGAUGAUAAACGACAUGAUACUGGAGCUCAACUUUGUCCUUAGAUACAUUGUUGAGGAGCUUUCUCAGGAGCUCAUCGAUGCUGACAUCAUCUUCUGCGACGUGUUUGAAGCAUCCAUGGACAUAAUCAAGAACAAUGACCGUUAUGGUUUCAAUGUUACGACAGAUGCUUGUUGUGGAUUAGGAAAGUAUAAGGGUUGGAUCAUGUGCAUUUCGCCAGAGAUGGCUUGCAGCAAUGCUUCCAAUCAUUUAUGGUGGGACCAAUUCCAUCCAACGGAUGCGGUGAAUGCAAUCUUGGCAGACAAUGUGUGGUCUGGAUUGCACACAGAAAUCUGCUAUCCGAUGAACUUGCAGAACAUGAUAGCUCAGAAAGCCAGAUGAGUAGAGAGAGAAUUCAAAAACUCUGGAUUUCAGCAUAAGCUCAUAUUGACAGAUUAGGAACAUUUAGAUUUGUAUAGAUGCAACAUUACCACAUUGUUAACUAUUGGCAAGUGAUGAUUACACAUUUCAUUUUCACGGUAAUUCAAGUCUGUUCUUUUGAAAGGAA